AUGUGGGGGCUGGGGGAUGUGUCGCUAGCAGGUCGAGUGGUUGUUGUGACGGGAGCUUCGAACGGGAUUGGACGAGAAAUCGCGAUACUUCUAGCACGAGAGGGCGCCAGGGUGGCACUGGGCGCCAGGAGCGUGGAGAAGCUUCAGGGUGUGGUCAGCUCUAUACGUGACGGUGGGGGACAGGCCGUUGGGGUUAGGACGGAUGUUACCAACAUGGAGGAGGUUCAGGCCCUGAUACACCAGGCUGAGGCGACCUUUGGACCCGUGGAUGUUCUCGUCAACAACGCUGGCGUCUGGUUCCACACGAUGGUCAAAAGUCUGCGACUGGAGGAAUGGAACCAAAUGAUCGACGUCAAUUGUAAGGAAACUAAUUCAGACACGAUGGUCAAAAGUCUACAGCUGGAUGAAUGGAACCAAAUGAUCGACGUCAAUUGUAAGGGUGUUCUUCACGGAAUAAAGGCAGUCCUACCAGGCAUGUUAGAAAGAAAAUCUGGCAAUAUUGUCAACAUAUCGUCGGAUGCUGGCAGAAAGGCUAUUCUUGGACUUGGCGUGUACACUGGUACCAAAUAUUUUGUUGAGGGUGUCACCCUGGCCCUAAGACAAGAAGUGGCGAAACUCGGGGUACGGGUGACCAGUAUACAGCCGGGGAAGGUUGAGACAUCAUGGGGGCCAAGGAUAGAUGAGGAGGUUGCUGAAAUCUUCAGGUCUGGUGAGCACGUCGAGAAGCUUCUAGCGCCCUCUGACGUCGCACGUGCUGUGCUCUACGCUGUCACCCAGCCCGGUCACGUGGCCGUCAACGAGAUUCUCCUGCACCCAACGGAGAUGCCGUUUUAA